AUGAAGAUCUUGAUCAUUGAUGGUGCAAAGGAAUUCAUUUCUUCCAAGGGCAAGCUUAAUGAAGCUCUUGUUGAGUACGCAGUAAAAUCUCUCAAAGAAAAGGGACAUGAAGUUCAAGUUACAAAAGCAGAUUCAAAUUACAACUGCGAAGAAGAAGUAAAGAAGAUUGUCUGGACAGAUGUUCUCCUUUGGCAGUUCCCAAUCUGGUGGUUUGGAACACCAUGGCAUGUCAAGAAAUAUAGGGUGUCCAAAGGUGCGUUUAGCACAGCGCUCUAUAUGAGACUAUUAAAGGAGAUAUAUGCUGAUUAUAAAUAUAUAAUAAAAAAUAUGAAUAUAUGUAUAUGA